AUGCCAAGAGUUAGUAGAAUUAUUCAUACUAUAAAUCAUCAGAACCUUGUUGUUGAUGUUAUUAUGUUUCUUCAAGAGAAGAUUCGUGAUCUGAGUUAUCAUGUUGUUAACUGUUCUGAUCUCGAGGUAGAAGUUAAAAGACUUCAUAUGAAUUUACAAACUUUGGAGGAAAGAUUAAAUAGUAUUAGGAGGGAACAUUAUAGAUUCGAGAUAGAACAUAAUGAACUUGAAUGGGAGUUUAACCCUUUAAACUCUUUUCCUGAUCCUUCUUUCUCUGCUAAUAACUUUAAUAAUAAUAAAGAAGCUGUUAACAAUAGUGAAGUUGACAAUAGUGAUUCAGACCAUACCAUGUAA